ACACGUGUAAACAUGGCGGCUACUACUAGUGUAUCACCAUCAAUUGAAGAAAGUUCAGAGCGUCCUACAGCCAGCACUGCUGCUGCCCCGUCAAGCAAAGAUAAGAAAAAGUUCAGUCUUAAAGAUGAGCUAUCAGAUAUUCGUAAAGUAAUGGAUCAAUUGGAUUUAUCGACAGAAUCGAAACUCGACGCGUUAUACAAACACUGCAUGACAAUUGUUCGGGACUAUAAAAGACUGGAUAAAAGAUUAACAGAAUGUCAGAGAAAGCAACAAGAAGUGAUACAGCAUCGUGAUAUCAUUCAAACUGAGUGCAACAGAGCCACAGCUGCUAAGAACAAACUGGAGAGUCUUUGCAGGGAACUACAGAAACGAAACAAAGAAGUAAUGGAGGAGAGCAGGGUUCAAGCAAGAGAGGAGGAAGAGAAGAGACGUGAGAUUGCAGAGAAAUUCCAAACAACAAUUGACGACAUUACCGAAAGAAUGCAAGAGCAUCACGACAGGAACGUGUCACUGAAACAAGAAAAUGCCGAUUUAGUAGGCAAGUUAAAGAAACUGAUUGAACAAUAUGAAGCAAGAGAAAAACUCUUGUCUGAGAUGAUGGAGAAACAAAAGAAAUGUGAUGAUCUCUCAAUGCAAGAAAUGGAGCUAAAGGGACAAUUGUCUAUUUAUUCGGAAAAAUUUGAAGAAUUUCAAUCGACCCUCACAAAAAGUAACGAAGUAUUUUCAACAUUCAAAAAAGAGAUGGAUAAGAUGGCUAAAACGAUAGGAGAGUUAGAGAAAGAGUCCAAUACUUGGAAACUGAAAUAUGAGAAGUGUAACAGGAGCUUGUUAGAAAUGGCUGAUGAACGUAUACAACACGUUGAAACUGUUAAAGUUUUAAAAACUAAAAACGAUAAACUGGAGAAACUUUGUAGAGCCCUCCAGACAGAGAGGACAGACCUCAGUCAGAAACUUAAAAACCUAGAGGUGCAAGAUAAAGAAGAAUGUUUGGGAUCCGAAGAUAAACCUGAGACCACACCCCCAGAUGUCACGCCCAUCGAAACGCAAAAUGAAGAUUAAUUAUAAAUAAUAAAUUAUUAAAAAAUAUGAGCGAGUGAUUGUGUGUUAAUUUUGUAUUAUAUGUAAUGUGUGUUGCUAUUAUCUAAUACUUUUUUGACUUAAAAAAAUAAUUGUACUCUUUAUAAAAAUGACCACGUGAACGCACGUGUUUAAAGUAUACGGAUAUUUGGAAUGACAUUUACGGAAUGAUACCGCAAAAUUUUAUUUGAAGGAAUCUGUUUACAGACCGGACGGAGAGGGAAAGAGAUGGCGUCGAUGCCUUCAAUGGCCAAUUACCACCAGCCCCAGCCCGCCAUUGACCGUCCCGUAUAUCCUUGCCCUUAUUGCCAGAGAUCCUUCAGGAGGACGGGAGAUUUGAAGAGACACAAGUGUAAUGCAGGAAGGAGUAAAGGGGGAGGAGCUUCAGCUGGUGGGAGUGGUCAGGCUCCUCCUGGCCCCGCCUCCUUCAAAUGUCAUAUAUGUGGACGUGCAUUUAAUAGAUCGGGUGACUUAAAGAGACACAAGUGUGAUAGUGUUAGAAGCAAGACAGGUCUCAUACCUCAGGCUCCCAUAAAGUGUCAAAAAUGUCGUAGGACCUUCCGAAGGAGCGGAGACUUUAAGAGACACAAAUGUGACAGCGUCCGAAGCAAAACAGGACCCUCGGGCAAUGGAGGAGGAACUCAAAGAAAGAAACAAACUCAAAAUAAAAUUCAAUAAGUUUCCUUUGAUAGAUAGCAACUAGAGCAAGAACAGUUUAAGUACAAUUGUUUUCUAGUAUUACUGAUUGAACAAUGAAGUAUCUUAUUCUCUUAUUUCUUUUUUGUGUCCCUUUCUCUCUCCCCUCUUUUUUUCCUUUUCCACAUCAAUCAUUCAUUUAUCAUUAUCCUAAUACAGUUUAUCAGUAAUUUCUUAUUGGAAGUUAUUUUUUGCACUUUUUUUGUUAAAGAAAUCAAUCAUUACUUUGUA